GAUUAUGUUGCGUAGCUUAAAAGUUGAAGGAGUUUUAAUUACUAUUUUUCAAAUUAAAAGAGUGUGCUUAUUCGCCUCCUUCCCUGGGGCGUGUGUGUUGGGGGAAGACGACGACUUAGCUUUCUUUCUGGCUGUUUGCUGAAAUUCUUGGCCGUUAAAGUGAGUUGAGGGAGGGAGAUGGGUAUUUUUCACUCUGUCGGGAUGGGGAGAACAUGCUGGCGGGCGCUGGGGGAUCGGUUCCCAGAGACCUCGAAGAGACAGUGGUCUUGAAGGUUGUGACGUCCACGGGACAGGAGGACGGAGCAGAAGCAUCUGGUCGUUCCAAGACCUUUGGUGACCCAAGAAAAGCUGUGUUGGUCAAGAGCAGGGCAAAUGACUGCCAGAGAAAAAAGAUGGCGGGGCCAAGAACAAGUAAAGCUGUUGCGGGUUCUGCAUGGCUGGUGAGUGAGCCGGCCUGCUGAAGGUCAUGAUCCAGACUGUCCCUGACCCUGCAGCUCAUAUUAAGGAGGCCUUAUCUGUUGUGAGCGAGGACCAGUCGCUGUUCGAGUGCGCCUACGGAACGCCACACCUGGCUAAGACGGAGAUGACUGCAUCCUCCUCCAGUGACUAUGGCCAGACAUCCAAGAUGAGUCCUCGAGUCCCCCAGCAGGACUGGCUGUCUCAACCCCCAGCCAGGGUCACCAUCAAGAUGGAGUGCAACCCCAGCCAGGUGAACGGUUCCAGGAACUCACCUGAUGAAUGCAGUGUGACCAAGGGUGGGAAGAUGGUGGGCAGCCCGGACGCCGUGGGGAUGAGCUACGGCAGCUACAUGGAGGAGAAGCACAUGCCGCCCCCCAACAUGACCACCAGCGAGCGCAGAGUGAUCGUGCCCGCAGAUCCUACUCUGUGGAGCACAGACCAUGUCCGGCAGUGGUUGGAAUGGGCGGUGAAGGAAUACGGCCUUCUAGACGUGGACGUCUUAUUGUUUCAGAACAUUGACGGGAAGGAGCUCUGCAAAAUGACCAAAGAUGACUUCCAGAGGCUCACUCCGAGCUACAAUGCCGACAUCCUUCUCUCACACCUCCACUACCUCAGAGAGACUCCCCUUCCGCAUCUGACUUCCGAUGAUGUCGAUAAGGCUUUACAGAACUCUCCGCGUUUAAUGCAUGCCAGGAACACAGGGGGUGCAGCUUUUAUUUUCCCAAAUACUUCAGUAUAUCCCGAGGCUACGCAAAGAAUUACAACUAGGCCAGAUUUACCUUAUGAGCCUCCCAGGAGAACAGCCUGGACCGGCCAUGGCCACCCCACCCCUCAGUCCAAAGCUGCUCAGCCAUCUCCUUCCACAGUGCCCAAGACAGAAGACCAGCGUCCUCAGUUAGAUCCCUACCAGAUUCUGGGACCCACCAGUAGCCGCCUCGCUAAUCCAGGCAGUGGCCAGAUUCAGCUGUGGCAGUUCCUGCUAGAGCUCCUGUCUGACAGCUCGAACUCCAACUGCAUCACCUGGGAAGGCACCAACGGGGAGUUCAAGAUGACGGACCCUGAUGAGGUGGCCCGGCGCUGGGGCGAGCGUAAGAGCAAGCCCAACAUGAACUACGACAAACUCAGCCGCGCCCUCCGCUACUACUAUGACAAAAACAUCAUGACCAAAGUGCACGGGAAGCGUUACGCCUACAAGUUCGACUUCCACGGGAUCGCGCAGGCCCUCCAGCCCCACCCUCCCGAGUCAUCUCUGUACAAGUACCCCUCCGACCUCCCGUACAUGGGCUCCUACCACGCCCACCCCCAGAAGAUGAACUUUGUGGCCCCCCACCCUCCAGCCCUCCCAGUCACCUCCUCUAGUUUCUUUGCCGCCCCAAACCCAUACUGGAAUUCACCGACUGGGGGCAUUUACCCGAACACUAGGCUCCCCGCCAGCCACAUGGCCUCUCACCUGGGCACUUACUACUAGAGACCAGACGGAGGCCUUUCCCAACAGUGCACCAUCACCUAGCGGUCACCAACAAACCCAGAGAACACGAAUCGCAAGUGCCUCAUGAGGAAUGAAUGAGGGUUGACCGGAGCUGGGGAAGGAAGCCAGAAAAACCAAAGACUUGCAGGGGGGGGGUGGGCGUCACCCCGAGUGUAUUACUACAGAAAUAGAGGAAGCUCGAAAAUAUAACGUACAUGGCCAUAUAACCCGUGGCCCACCCUUGUCAAAGACAUUGUAUGUAGAAGAGCAUGGCCUGAUAAGGACAACUGCCUAAGAAAGUGGCCUUAAGUAGUGUACAAAACUUUAGAGUGCGGGACCUUGCUUGUGCGCCAAACCAGGAUUCAGUGAAAGCAGUAGAGAAAAACGGUAACGCCGCCUCCGCCUAGCGUACGGUUUAGGAUGUCGCUGCGAAGGGGAAACUACCUGUGUUUAAAAAAUAGAAACAUAUCAAAAUGAGAAGACAAGAAAGGCACGGCGGUGGCGGGCCCCUCCACAAACCAGUGUGGAUUUUCUUGGCUGGCAUUUGCUGUCUUGGUUAAAGUCAGAGUCUUACCAUUUGAUGGAGAGCCACCAGCUCUGUCAAACUGUGAAGAUGACAUAAAGUCUCAUCUCCUUUUCAGGAUUACAGGACCUGUGAGCCACGUGGUGGAUGGGGGAUGUGCAUAGUGUGUGAGCAUGUGAUUAUAGGGGGAAAAAGGCUGAAGGAGGGGGAGGGGGAGAAGG